GACUUCAUCUCGGACGGCGCCUGUUUUUCGGCAGACCUAUCGAGAAAAGACAUACGUGUCGCCAGAUUCCUUCGUAAGGCUCAGUUCAUCUGCUUUCGCGUUAGGAGGUGUGUACGACGAACGCGACGGAAACAUGGGACGGCAGUACCUGCGCGUACUUCUCGUUGCCCUUGCUCAUCGCUCUUUCAAGUGUCGCUUUGAGAGUGGCACCGUUGUCAGCGGCGGUAAAUUGUAUAAAUCGGAAAAUCACCUCAAAAAUAUGUUCAUCGAGCUCAAUCGAAUACUUGGCGUCGAACAUUUUGUCGUCUAUCUUAGCAAAGAUGUUUCCGAGUCAAUGGCGAAUGUCGUGGAUUUCUAUGAACAUCUUGGGUGUGUUAAUGAUAGUCACCAUCCGCUGUUGCUAGUUCAUCAUUCCAGACUGUUGGAAGUCUCUCGUCUCAAAAUACCUGUCAAGACGAAGAAUAUAUGGUAUCAUGGGCAGUUAGUCGCCAUCAC